UUCCUCUUUGGUAAAAGUGAUGAUCCAAUCGGCUUUAAUUAUUAUCCCAAUACCUUGACAAUAGUAAAUACCAGGUUGAAAUAGUAAAAAUAUUUUGAAAAGUUGAGCUGUCACUAAUUGCUGGUUCAGGUCCGGGUUUGAUCUUACACUUGGACCCGAACCGAAAUUUCUUUUUUAACCCGACGCCCGAACCGACCCGAAAAAUAUUACCCGAACCCAUGGUCCGGUUCGGUUCGGUUUCGGGUACCCGACCGGGUUGCAGUACUCUACUUCGGAGUAACUUUCCAAUUUUGUUUAGAAAAUUUUAUUGAAAUUAAUAAAGUACAAUUCGACUAGAUAUAGAUCUAAAGUUUUCGGAUUCAGGACCAAUCUGAUGCUCCCUCUAAAUUGAUUUUUCGUUCUAUGUAGAACAACGUGAAUCUUUGGAAGAAGAAAAUCGUCAAGUACAUGAAACAAAUAGUACAACAAUAGCACGUUUACAGGAACUUGAAAAUACUAGUUCUCAACUUCAAAGUUUAGAAUCUUUAUGGAAUAAAGAACGACAAUUAUAUACUGAACAAUUACAAACAUUAGAACAAUCAUUAAUUGAAUGCAAAAAAUUGUCUAUUGAUCAACAAACAAAAAUUAUGCAAUUGACUAUACAAUUAGAAUCAACUGAAGGACAAUUACAAGCUCAAAAACGUUCAUUGGAUAUUGGUGUUGAUGACAAAAAUGAAGCUAUACUCAAUCUUGAUCGACAAUUACGUGAAAAAACACAACGCAUAGAACAAUUUCAAAUUGAUCUUCAACGAAAUAUACGUCAAAUGGAAAAUCAACAAAUAACAUCUAAUAAAACUAUUCAAUCAUUAAAAAAUCAAAUCGAUGAAUUAUUAAAAAAAAAUAUUUCAAUCAAUGAAAAAUAUGAUGAGCAAAAUCAAUUGUUAGUUAAGAUUACUGCAGAACGAGAUGUGAUUAAAACAGAAAUGCGAUCGUUAUCCGAAACGUUCGAUAAACAGUCAAUGGAAAGUGGUAAGUGA